UCAGGAACACCCUGGUCCUCCUUCGGCCCCUCCCGGUCCCGCCUACCCGGGAACUCCCCGGCCCAGCCGCCCUGGCUGCUGGGAGGGGAGCGGUGCUCCCCAGCCCGCGUCAUCUGAUGCUGUUUCCUGCAGAAGGGAGAAGAGCGGAAAAAAGUGAAACUCCACCCUCCACCUCUGCCUCCCGCCCCCGGGGCCAAAGUACAAAGGGAGGAGGAAGAAGGGAACGGGGCUGGAGCCGUCGGGCCGAGAGAGCCCGGGUCGGGAGGAGGCAGCUCGCACCGCCCAGCACGCUCGGGUCAGCCCCCGCGCGGCCACGACCCUCCGGAGCCCGGGAGUCGCCCCGCGGGCCCCGCCGUUCGCUUGGCCCGAGCCAGAGCCCGGCGCCCGGGACCGAGGGCCAGACGCGCGGGCCCCUCCGAACCGGCCAUGGUGAGACGCCGGAGGCCCCGGGGUCCCACCCCCCGCGCCUGACCACACGGCCCGGGCGCCCCUCCUCCCGAAGCCCGAGAUGCGGGGGGCCGGGAGGCGGCACUCCUGGCUCCCCAGAGAGGCGUGGGUCUGGGGCUGAGAGCCGGGGCCCGGAUGCCCAGGCUCUGGGACUAGGGCCUCGGUAGGCGGCAGGGGUGGGGACCGGGGGCACCCUAGGAAGGUCCCCCCACGCCCCAACACCGGAUCCCAGCCAUGGAGCCCUUGAAGAACCUCUUCCUCAAGAGCCCGCUGGGGUCCUGGAACGGCAGUGGCGGUGGGGGCAGUGGGGGCGGCGGCGGCUGGCCCGAGGGGUCUCCGAAGGCGGCGGCGGCGUAUGCCAAUCCGGUGUGGACAGCCCUGUUCGACUACGAGCCCAAUGGGCAGGACGAGCUGGCCCUGCGGAAGGGCGACCGUGUGGAGGUGCUGUCCCGGGACGCGGCCAUCUCCGGCGACGAGGGCUGGUGGGCGGGCCAGGUGGGCGGCCAAGUGGGCAUCUUUCCGUCCAACUAUGUGUCUCGGGGCGGCCCGCCCCCCUGCGAGGUGGCCAGCUUCCAGGAGCUGCGUCUGGAGGAGGUGAUUGGCAUCGGUGGCUUUGGCAAGGUCUACCGCGGCAGCUGGAGGGGCGAGCUGGUGGCCGUGAAGGCCGCGCGCCAGGACCCCGACGAGGACAUCAGCGUGACAGCCGAGAGCGUGCGCCAGGAGGCCCGGCUCUUCGCCAUGCUGGCGCACCCCAACAUCAUCGCCCUGAAGGCCGUGUGCCUGGAGGAGCCCAACCUGUGCCUGGUGAUGGAAUACGCGGCCGGGGGGCCCCUGAGCCGCGCCCUCGCCGGGCGCCGUGUGCCCCCCCACGUGCUGGUGAACUGGGCCGUGCAGAUCGCCCGCGGGAUGCAUUACUUGCACUGUGAGGCCCUGGUGCCUGUCAUCCACCGCGACCUCAAGUCCAACAACAUUCUGCUGCUGCAGCCCAUUGAGGGUGAUGACAUGGAGUACAAGACCUUGAAGAUCACUGACUUCGGCCUGGCCCGCGAGUGGCAUAAAACCACACAGAUGAGCGCUGCGGGCACCUACGCCUGGAUGGCCCCUGAGGUUAUCAAGGCCUCCACCUUCUCCAAGGGCAGCGAUGUCUGGAGCUUCGGGGUGCUGCUGUGGGAGUUGCUGACCGGAGAGGUACCCUACCGUGGCAUCGACUGCCUCGCUGUGGCCUAUGGCGUGGCGGUGAACAAGCUUACGCUGCCCAUCCCAUCCACCUGCCCCGAGCCCUUCGCGCAACUCAUGGCCGACUGCUGGGCCCAGGACCCCCAUCGCAGGCCCGACUUCGCCUCCAUCCUGCAGCAGCUGGAAGCCAUAGAAGCGCAAGUCCUGCGGGAAAUGCCGAGGGAUUCCUUCCACUCCAUGCAGGAAGGCUGGAAGAGAGAGAUCCAAGGCCUCUUCGAUGAGCUGCGGGCCAAGGAAAAGGAAUUACUGAGCCGGGAGGAGGAGCUGACCCGCGCGGCGCGUGAGCAGCGGUCACAGGCGGAGCAGCUGCGGCGGCGCGAGCACCUGCUGGCUCAGUGGGAGCUGGAGGUGUUCGAGCGCGAACUGACGCUACUCCUGCAGCAGGUGGACCGCGAGCGGCCGCACGUGCGCCGUCGCCGCGGCACCUUCAAGCGCAGCAAACUCCGCGCGCGGGACGGCGGCGAGCGCAUCAGCAUGCCGCUGGACUUCAAACACCGCAUCACCGUGCAGGCCUCGCCCGGCCUAGACCGGAGGAGAAAUGUCUUCGAGGUCGGGGCAGGAGACUCGCCCACCUUUCCCCGGUUCAGAGCCAUUCAAUUGGAGCCUGCAGAACCAGGCCAGACGUGGGGCCGCCAAUCCCCCCGCCGCCUGGAGGACUCGAGCAACGGAGAGCGGCGAGCGUGCUGGGCCUGGGGUCCCAGUUCCCCCAAGCCCGGCGAAGCCCAGAACGGGAGGAGAAGGUCCCGCAUGGAGGAAGCCACGUGGUACCUGGAUUCAGAUGACUCAUCUCCCCUUGGAUCUCCUUCCACACCCCCAACACUCAAUGGUAACCCACCUCGGCCAAGCCCAGAGCCAGAGGAACCCCGGCGACCGGGCGCCAGCGAGCGUGGCAGCGGCUCCUCGGGGACACCCAGGCUGAUUCAGCGUGCGCUGCUGCGGGGCACCGCCCUGCUGGCCUCUCUGGGCCUGGGCCGAGACCUGCAGUCACCGGGGGCCCGCGGGGAGCCCGCAGCCACACCGCCCGCGCCGACCGCCCCCGCGUCCCCCGCCGAGCCGCCCCCUUCCCCGCUCAUCCGCUUCUCGCCCAAGAGGCCCGACGCCCCGGCCUCGCCACUGAGCCCCGACGCCCCCCGCCCGCGCACCCCGGCGCCCCUGCUGCUGGAGCUGGGCGUGCCCAGUGGCCAGCCGUCCGCCAAGAGCCCCCGGCGCGAGGAGGAACGGCGCGGAAGUGCCGUCUCCCCACCGCCAGGAAUAUCCCGCUCGGCUCCCGGCACCCCUGGCACCCCACGUUCUCCACCCCUGGGCCUCAUCAGCCGGCCUCGGCCCUCACCCCUGCGCAGCCGCAUCGACCCGUGGAGCUUCGUGUCUGCCGGCCCCCGGCCUUCACCCCUGCCCUCUCCGCAGCCCGCACCCCGCCGGGCACCCUGGACCUUAUUCCCAGAUUCGGACCCUUUCUGGGACUCCCCGCCUACCAACCCCUUUCGGGGGGGCCCUCAGGACUGCAGGGCGCAGACCAAAGACAUGGGUGCCCAGGCCCCAUGGACGCCGGAAGCAGGGCCCUGAGCCACCCGCAUACACUGGAACGCCAGCAGGCCACGCCCCGCUGCCUGGGUGUCCCCCCCGGGACCCCGCCCCCUCGGGGGGUCAGGAACACUACACUGCACAGGAAGCCUUCACACUGGAGGGGGGCUGCACCCCCCACUCACCUGCAACCUGUGGGUCCCUCCCAGCCCACCUGCCCCACUGGGGCCCGACACUGUGCCCAGCAGGCUGGGAGGGGCACGGCCAGUCUCAGGGAAUCGCGCCCGGCGCGCCGGAGGCAAGGAGGUGCAGGGGGGGAGGGGCCCCCUCAGCUCUCACCAGCACUUGGGACCAAGUCUGCCCCUGUGGCUCCUGCCCCCGCCUUAGCGCCCGGGCCCCCACCCCGGCCGCCCCACCCGGGGUCAUCUGGGGCCGGGCUGCUCCGGGUGCCUUCCUGCUGCCCAAGCCAGGCUUGAGGCCUCGGCCUCAGGAUCCAAUGAAGCCAAAUAAAC